GAGGAGACAAGGACGCCCCUCUGCGGUGGGGGGCCGCGGCCUGCUCUGUUCCUCCAUUCACAGUAAAUAAAAGCAUGGAGGUCUGACUCUCGGGAUCUAACAGAGCCAGCGGGGGGUAGAGACGCCGCAUGCGCCUGAUUCUUUCACCAAAACACGCGUCCAGGAGGGGGACAGCGGCUGGGCUCUUUCUGUGACACCACCGCACACAUUUGACGUGGCACUGAUCCUUUUAGCGGGACCGGAGCGGGGCAGCCCGCCGAGCACAGCAUGAAGCGGGCGGCUGGAGUGGCCAGGCACAAUGGCCUGGUCUCUCCGCUGGGGAACAACAACUCCGGGGCCUCGAGCAUCGUCUCCCCGACGUUUCUGAGAGCAAACACGGUCUCCGUCGGUCCAGAGAGCGGUGGGGGCGGCGGGGGAGCGGUAGACGGGCUACUGGAUUUCUCUAAAGGCCCCACCAUCAAAACCGAGCUCGUUUGCAAAUGGAUAGACCGAACUAGUUCUCGACAGAUUGGGCGGACGGCGACAUCCGUUUGCGACCAAAGUUUCAGCUCCAUGCACGAGCUUGUGGAGCACGUCACCAGCGAGCACGUAGCGGCCGGGCUCGAGAGCCUGAGUCAUGUGUGCAUGUGGGACGAGUGUCUGCGCGGAGGCAAGGCAUUCAAAGCCAAAUACAAACUUAUCAACCACAUCCGCGUGCACACCGGGGAGAAGCCUUUCUCCUGUGCCUUCCCCAACUGCGGCAAGAUGUUCGCGCGCUCAGAGAACCUCAAGAUCCACACGCGGACCCAUACGGGUGAGAAGCCGUUCCAGUGUGAGUUCUGUGAGCGGCGCUUUGCCAACAGCAGUGACCGUAAGAAGCACUCUCAGGUGCACACGGCCUCUAAGCCCUAUGACUGCAAGGCUCUGGGUUGCACCAAGUCCUACACCCAUCCAAGUUCCCUUCGCAAACACAUGAAGGUGCACGUCAAGUCCUCACCUACCUCUGAACUGCCAGACCCAUACGACCCUCUGUCCUAUCGUCUGCAACAGCCCCCAGCCCUGCUGGAACCCUUAGACCUCAAAAUGAGCCUGUCUCCCCCCAUGGCACACAGGAAUCUCCACUUCCCUCUGCGCUCUAAUCACGACUUUGACAAAAGCUCUGUGGCAGAGACUGACCAUAAAGCUCUGUUCCGGAGUGUGUCCCCGAGCGCUGUCCCUCUGGACCUGUCCCUGUCAGGCCUGAGGAGGGCCCAGCAGCAGCAGGGCCGCCAGCCCCGCCGCACUCAACGCUCUGUCAACCCCGCCAUACCUCACUUCUCCAACAUAAAGGAGUGGUACGUGUGCACCAGGACUACAGCGCCGCACUUUCCUCUGCUCCACCCAGACCGCAUCAAACUGGAGCCCAGUGACGACGAGGAGUAUGGCACGUAGGACACAUGGGCAGGGGCCAUGUUUUUGCCUAGGACUGAGUGGCUCAUUUUGGUAUAAAGUACUUUGGAAAAUGAGGAGUGUACAACACCUACAUGGAACCUCAUAUCCCACUGUGACUGGUGCUACAUGAUUUAGUCUUCUAUAUAAGAUGCAGGGUAGAGCUAAAACACCUGAUAUUCAACUUCUGUUAUCCCCAAGAAGGGCCCCAGGCACUGGGUACCACCACCAUACAUAAGCCAAAUAAUAUUUUGGGAAAAAAAAUAUAUAAUGAACCAUUCAUGUUUCUCCUGUGUUUAAGGAAGAACAUGAUCAGAUGUGUGACCAACAAAAGGAGAGCUUCUGUUCUUAGUUUUUUCCUAAAUUGUCACAAUUUCAGCAGUACUGUACUAAAGUGAGCCACAACACACCUCUGUGCAAAGCAGGCUUACCAAUGCUCAGAUGUUGUCAUAUCGUUAUUGUACGAUACAUUUCAGGACACAGGAGUCAUUGGUGUACUUUCCUGAACCAGCAGUUUUAUGGUUGUUUUUGUAUUUCUGUUUUAUAUUCUUAGAGUGUCAUUUGACAUGAAUCCAGACUCCCAGCUCAAAAGACACCAGAGGUCCUUCAACUAAUAUUUUUAUUCAAAAGUACAUGUAAAGUAUAUGACCGGUGACAGCUCCUUCUAUUUCCAACUAUUUUAAGGGCUACUCUAAAGGCUGUGGUAAGAGUUUGAGCUCUGACAGAAGAAACCUGUCUUUACCUGUAUUGUAGAGAUCAGAAAGUGCUCAGGGAGACAUGGGGACAGAAAUUGCAGUAGACACAGGACAAAACAAUCUCACGGACAGUGGACAUUAGAUCAAUAUGUAGCACUUUGUUCCAUCAAUCGGGAGUGUCUCUUGAUGAAAACAUUUAUAUUGGAAAUGGACCUUUACAUCAGUGGAAGAUGAAUGAAUGAAUCCAGGUAGUGACUACCUACUGUGAUGUGUUUCAGUAACCUAUAGCAACAGUGUUUGUGACGUAGACAAACCACAAAUCUCUGAUGAUUCACAAGAACGGUGUCAGCUUCUCUACUGUUUUCUGAGUAGCAACAAAGGUUAAAAUCUAAAACUGUGUAUUGGUGACAAUACUGCCACACACUAAUGGUUUACCGCCACUUUAACAGGGUGGAUUUCUGUGUUUAAGUCAAAUCUCACUAAAAUUAAGUGCUCAGUUUAUAAAGCCCUUCCAGUGUUAGGUGAACUUGAACAAUUGUUCUUAUAGAUAAAUGGGGAUUAGCAUGACUGAACUACAGCACUUUACAAUGAGACUAGUGGUCAAUUGAAGAAGUACUGUCAUACUGCAGAGGUCUCAGAGCAUGACUCAGAAAUAAGAAAAAAAAUGAUGUGAGCUGCACAAUAUAUGCAAUAUUUAUUUAAUAUUGCUCAAACAAUAACUUCCAAUGUUUCUUCAGAUAAGUGUUCACUGGAGUCUUGAAUUUCCAUGGUCAACCCACACUGUGAUCUAUGCUUCAUUCUGACUGGCCAACCAUUUUGAACUUGGAUUUCAGUUUGUGCAGUCUGUAUUAUAAAUAUUUCUUCAGUUGAUGUUGUGUUAAAUAGUGAGUUUACUUUUCAGAGCACUUCUGAUCUUUAAUGGGACUGUACUUGUUUUCUUGAAUCUCUACAAUAAAGGUAGAAACAGAAUCUUAAAUCACUAUGUUCAGACAGCAGUCAGUUAUGUCGUACAGAAAACAGGGGAAAUACAGAGAUAUAAAUAUAUAAUAUUCUAUAUAAGGUGAACAACCUGGGCCUGAGUGUACAGAGGUUCAGAGUCUUACAAAAUGAGUGGUGAUUCUGUUCGAUCUCAUAAGCACUUUGUUCAAAUGAAUUCCAAACUUUCACUGGUGUUAAUGACGUGACUGCCGUUCCAGUGGGAUUCCUCCAUCUCAUUUUUCUGGGGCAACAACAUCUGAUUGAUUUGGAUGCCAUAAGUGAAACGACUGAUGCCAUAUUUGUGUGUGUAGUGAAUGUGAAGGUGGUGCAAGAGGCUGCAGCACAGCCUCACUCUGAAUAUUGGCACAUCACUAACGCAUAUCUCAUUUGUUUAACUGAAUGAAAAUAAAAUUUUGUUGUUGUAUUGAAGAUUGUGCUAGUCACUGUUGUUAUGUAUUAAAGAGAAUAUUUUGUAAACAAGGCCAGGAUUAUGCAUCCAUCAGGUACUUGGAUAUUAAAUAAUAAUUGGGUUCAGUUUAAUAACAUCAAGUUGAAAAAAAAAACUAUGUUCACCAUAUUAA